AUGGCGGCCCUGAAGCUCCUCCCCCUCUGCAUUUCCCUCCUUCUCUCUCUAACCCACUCCGCCUCAGACGUCGACCUUCUCCUCCAGAAAAUCAAGCCCUCACUGCAGGGAACCGCAGAGAACCUACUCCUCUCCUCAUGGAACACCUCCAUCCCCCUCUGCCAGUGGCGCGGCCUCAAAUGGGCCCUCGCCGGAGAAAAUGCCUCGUCUCCGCCUCCCUGCGACGGCCCCACCUCCCCCCAGUGGACAAACAUUUAUUUACACAGAAGCCCCUAUCUACAGCUUGUUUCUCUCCAGCUCCCCUCCGCCAAUCUCACCGGAAUAAUCCCAAAAGAAAUCGGGCAGCUCGCCAAUUUGCAGAGCCUGUACCUCGGCGUGAACGCCUUGUCUGGUCCCAUCCCCUUGGAGCUCGGCUACAGUUCAUCGUUAUCGGACAUCGAUUUGAGCCAUAAUCAGCUCAGAGGGCCCUUGCCAGCUUCAAUCUGGAACCUCUGUGGCGCCGGACUGGUAUCUCUCCAGUUACACGGCAACUCCCUCUCCGGUACGGUUCCCGACCCUGCCCUGCCUCAGGUUACCUCUUGCAAGAACUUGAAGUCACUGGAUUUAGGACAGAAUUUGUUCACCGGUAAUUUCCCCGAGUUCAUCCUCGGGUUUCACGGGCUCCAGCAGCUCGAUCUUGGGGAUAACAUGUUGUCUGGUUCGAUUCCAGACGCCAUAACCGGGCUGAAGCUCGAAAAAUUGAAUCUUUCGCAUAAUAACUUCACUGGGGUUCUGCCUAGUUUUGGUGGGUCGAAAUUCGGUAUGGACGCGUUUGAAGGAAACAGCCCGGCCCUAUGCGGUCCCCCUUUGAGGGACUGCAACUUGCGGUCGGGAUUGAGCCCCGGUGCUGUGGCUGGGCUCGUCAUUGGCAUGAUGACGGGUGCAGUCGUGUUGGUCUCACUUUUGAUUGGUUAUUUCCAAGGGAAGAGGAAAAAGAAACUCCACGACGAUGAAUUUGACGAGGACAAUGAGUUUGAGGAAGUCGAGGAUGAAGAAGCCGGUAAGAAAAGUAAUGGUGGUGAUGGGAAGUUGGUUUUGUUUCAAGGCGGUGAGCACUUGACGACCGAGGAUGUUUUGAAUGCCACUGGUCAAGUUAUGGAGAAAACGAGUUAUGGGACGGUUUACAAGGCGAAGCUCGCCGAUGGGGGGACUAUUGCUUUGAGGCUGUUAAGAGAGGGGACUUGUAAGGAUAGGGCGUCGUGUUUGCCUGUGAUUAAGCAGUUGGGACGCAUAAGGCACGAGAAUUUGAUUCCUCUUAGGGCUUUCUAUCAGGGGAGGAGAGGGGAGAAGCUUUUGAUUUACGAUUACAUGUCGAACAAGACACUUUACGAGCUAUUGCAUGAAUCAAGAGUGGGAAAACCGGUCCUGAACUGGGCCCGACGGCACAAGAUUGCAUUGGGUAUAGCCCGAGGCCUGGCCCACCUCCAUGGGCUCGACCCUCCCAUCACCCACGGCAACGUGCGGUCCAAGACGGUUCUGGUGGACGACUUCUUUGUGGCCCGUCUCAACGAGUUUGGGCUGGACAAGAUGAUGGUCUCGUCAGUGGCGGACGAUAUUGUGGUGCAGGCCAAGGCAGAUGGGUACCGGGCUCCCGAGCUGCAGAGAAUGGCAAAGUGCGGGCCUAGGACGGACGUGUACGCGUUUGGGAUCGUCCUCCUUGAGAUCCUGUUGGGCCGGAGACCACGUGGCGGGGGCUCGGAGCUACCAUCCCUGGUGAAGGCGGCUGUUUUGGAGGAGACCACGAUGGAGGUCUUUGACGUAGAGAUUCUGAAAGGGGUGAGGAAUCCGAUGGAGGAGGGGCUGGUGCAGGCCCUGAAGCUGGCCAUGGGCUGUUGUGCGCCUGUCGGACCCGUCAGGCCCACCAUGGAGGAAGUCGUGCGCCAGCUUGAGGAGAACAGGCCAAGGAAUAGGUCCGCUCUGUAUAGCCCUGCAGACACCAGGAGCGGGAGUGUCACUCCCUUCUAA